AUGGCAGACCCAAACUAUGGUCAAUGGAUCAAAACGGAAAGCGAAGGGGACGCUCAGUCAUAUACCUUCACCACUGCUGUUGGACAGACUUCACUCAUGGGUCAUCGACCCCCGUCUUCGAGUUCCGACAUGACUUCCUCGAGCCUACGAGGCGCGAUGGGCGAUAUACAUAUCUCGUCCGCGUCACACUACUCCGGGUCUCCCUCGCCUACUAGUGAUGUCUCUGCUCAUGUUCGAUCCCAACAAAGGGGUCCAACAUAUGACGUCGCGUCUGGCAUGGUAUGGAUCCAUCCUUCACCAGACGUCCCUCCCCAAGCCACCAUGCAAUCAUCUGGGUUUGGAGGUGACUCAGACCAGAGUACCCCUGUCUCGUUCUCCAAUAUACCUCCGCCUUCCGUUCAUCCCGACAAUGCCACGAACAAUUAUUUACAGUAUUCAUCUUAUAAUCCCGGAACAUAUCCUCCACAACCAUCUAGCUCUCAGCAUUCACAGUCUGUAUCCUCCAUGUUCGCCUCUUCCCCUUAUCAGGAUCAAUUUGGCUUCGAGCAAGUUCGCCCAUCGCAGUCGAUGGUGCAUGGUCAGAUCACACCACACUCUGCAACCUUCCCUACCCAAGGACGCAUCGCAUCCUCCUCCCCCAGUCGCCCCGCCCAUGCCCUUGAUGAAGAGAACCGCCGUCUACGCAACAGAAUCAACCAAUUAGAGCUUUACAACGAGUCGGCUCGCAUCCGUAUCCGGGAAUUGGAGGCAGAAUUGGCCAACCCCAUGCACAGCGCAUCGUUCGCCGGACCAUCAUCCGUCAGCGGACUUCCCACCCCUCUGCCAACAUCUCCCAUGCCUACCACCUUUAACGCUUCCUGGAAAGCGAGGUAUGACGCCCGAGUCAAACUUCUCUGCUCCUUGAACCGCGCAGGCAAUGCUCUUUGCGCGUGGCACGACACUCGGCGGGAACGCCGGGCUCACCCUCCGCGCAUGGCACCCCCUGGGCGCCUCAACUGUGGCUGCUCUUUCGAUGAAGCCCUUUUCGAAGAGAGCCUUGCUCGUCACGGUGUUGGGAGUUACCACCCCGGCGAGAGCGUCCGCAUGGAUCCUGCCCUUCGGAACCCCUUUCUGAAGCUGUUGCAGCAGCGAUUCGGUUACAAAGACGGCGACUUUGAACGCGAUCCCGUCACGGGUAACUGGGUCGAAGGCGAGGGCCAUGCAAUUUGGGAAGCGAAGGUGCACUCUGGGGGCAGCAGCCAUCGGAAGGCACGUCCUGACGAACGUCAUUGA